AUGUCCAAGGGUGCCUUCCCCGGCGGUUAUUCGGAGGGGCAUCGCUUGUGCGUGUCAGCGAGCCAUGGAAGGGGCUUGAAGAAGACAACCUUGCAGGGGGCAUUCGGAGAUUUCGGGCACAUCCUGCAAAUUGAGACACCAAAGUCCAACCUGGCCUUCAUCGCGUUUGCAGAAAAGGCUGACGCUCAAGAAGCCAUGGAGGCUAUGGACGGCAAGAAUCUGGACGGACAGACGCUGACUGUGAGCAAAGCUGGGCCAAAACCAACCUAUCGACCUACGACGGAUCCCAACGAGAACUUCAAAAAGGUCCUGAUGACUACGCAAACUGAGCGUGAGAACGUGCGAUAUCGCAAAGAUGUGGAGAAGGCAGCCGAGAAGCUGCGCCCCAGAAGCAGGAGUCGCAGUGUCAGAAGACGCUCUCGACACAGCCAGUCUUGCAGUCCGCCGAGAAGAAAAAAGAAAAGCCGAGAGAGAAGUUUGCGCCCGUCACGGCGAAAAGGGCCAAGCGCAA